AUGCGUCAUUCGACGAGGGCUGACGAGGCGAUGCCCCAUACCGGUGUUCUCCAUAACGAGACUGAUCGCGGCAACUUCGGAAAGGAUGUUGACUACAACCGCGAGCGCUCUUUAAUCGAUGAUACUUCGAGUGAGCAUUCGGCGCAGGCUGGUGUAAGGCGCAUUGAAGCUGUGAGUAAGGCGUGGACGAAAACCUCGCUCAUCGUCGCCUAUGUCACCCUCCUACUCAUCGCAAAUAUCACGUCUCUCGAGAUCCAAGUUACUAGUGCAUUGACACCAUACGCGACGAGUGCGUUUUCGCAGCAUUCCCUCGUCUCCACCAUCUAUGUCGUGCAGGGCGUCGUGGCCGCGGUCAUCAAGCCGCCCAUGGGAAAAAUUGCCGAUGUAUUCGGUCGUCUCGAAUCCUUCUCUAUAACCAUCUUCCUCUACACAAUCGGCUACAUCAUGCAAGCCGGCUCUAAUAACGUGCAAACCUUUGCCGGAGCGCAAAUCUUCUGGGCAGCUGGAUUCAACGGUCUACAAGUCUUACAACAGAUCUUCGUUGCUGAUACUACGGAUUUGCUUAAUCGCGCUCUCUUUUCCACGUUGUUCGACUUACCUUUCCUCUGGACGACAUGGGCUGGACCGGAAGUUGGGCAAGCGAUUUAUACUAAUAUCUCCUGGCGAUGGGGAUACGGUAUCUGGGCCAUUAUUCUUCCGGUCUGCUUCAUCCCGCUCGCUGUGAGUUUGUUCAUGAACCAGCGGCGAGCGAAGAACCUGGGUUUUGAUGUCCCCAGUCCGUUCCAUGGGCGCAACACUUUCCAGGUUUUGAAGAACAUCUGGUAUGAUCUAGAUGGAUUUGGCCUACUGUUGUUCGCGGCAGCGAUUUCACUCAUCUUGCUGCCGCUUACACUAGCCCCGGGCGCAAGUGGUGGGUGGAGUAAUGGCAGCAUGAUCGCCAUGCUAGUAGUGGGUGGCGUUCUCCUGCUUGCCUUCCCGUUAUGGGAGACAAGCAAGAAGCUAGCACCCAGAGCGUUUUUCCCACCAAACCUAUUCAAAAAGCGAACAGUCAUCGCUGGUGUCCUAAUUGCGUUCUUCUACUUCAUGGCAUUCUAUAUGUCCGUCUUCCCAUACUUUAGUUCCUACCUUCAAAUCGUCCAGGGUCAAUCCAUCGUAACCUCCGGCUACAUAACCCGCGUCUUCACCUUCAGCUCCACCGUCUCCUCGGUCGUGGUUUCUCUUCUAAUCAAAUACACCGCACACUACAAAUAUUACGUCUCCCUCGGUGCUGCCAUCUACCUAAUGGGCAUGGGCCUCAUGUUGCACUAUCGCACGGAAUCCGCUUCAACAGCUACUUUGGUCGGUACGCAAAUCGCCAUCGGCAUCGGCGGAGGUUUCCUGAAUGUGCCGGUCCAAUUAGGUGUUCAAGCCAGUGUUUCUCACCAGCAAGUCGCGGCUGCGACAACAGUCUGGCUCACACUGCUUGAAGUCGGUGGAGCGGUUGGCUCAGCUAUAUCUGGCGCGAUCUGGUCGACUUACAUCCCUGCCAAACUCCAGCAGUACCUCCCCGCUGAGAACGCAGCAGACUGGGUGACUAUUUAUGGUAGUCUUGCUGUUUCUGCGGAUUACGUUACGUAUCCCGCUGGAUCCCCCCGCCUAUCUUUCCGUUGA